AUGAGAUUCGAAAUCGUUUUUACUUCCGCACUUGCGGCUUUUGUUCAAUCUGCUUCGGCCGCUGGCGUCACUGGUGCCGCCGAGGGCUUUGCCAAGGGCGUUACCGGUGGUGGCUCAGCCAGCCCCGUCUACCCCACGACAACUUCACAGCUGGUCUCCUACCUUACCGACUCGUCUGCCCGAGUCAUCAUCUUGGACCGAACCUUUGACUUCACCGGCACUGAGGGCACCUCCACCGAGACUGGUUGCGCUCCUUACGGUACUGCUUCCGCCUGCCAGGUCGCUAUCAACAAGGACAGCUGGUGCAACAACUACCAGCCCAACGCCCCCAAGGUCAGCGUCAAGUAUGACAAGGCUGCGUUGAACCCUAUUGUCGUUGGAUCCAACAAGAGUCUUGUUGGUGUCGGCAGCAAGGGUGUUAUCAAGGGCAAGGGUCUUUACAUUGCCAAGGGUGCCAAGAACGUCAUCAUUCAGAACAUUCACAUCACUACCCUCAACCCUCAGUACGUCUGGGGUGGCGAUGCUAUUGCCCUGGAUAACACCGACCUCGUCUGGAUCGACCACGUCACUACCUCCCUGAUUGGCCGUCAGCACAUUGUUCUCGGCAACGGUCCCAGCAACCGAGUGACCAUCUCCAACAACAAAAUCGACGGUGCUACCUCUUGGUCUGCUACUUGCAACGGUUACCACUACUGGGGCCUUUACUUCACUGGCUCUGCUGAUACCGUCACCUUCAAGAACAACUACAUCUACAAGACCUCCGGCCGUGCCCCCAAGGUCGGUGGAAACACCCUCCUCCACGCCGUCAACAACUACUGGUACGACAACGCCGGUCACGCUUUCGAGAUUGGUUCCGGUGGCCAGGUCGUCGCCGAGGGCAAUGUCUUCCAGAACGUCGUUGCUCCUAUCGAGACCUCCAGCUUCGCCGGCAAGCUCUUCUCCAGCCCUAGCACCUCUGCUAACGCCGUCUGCUCUUCUUACCUCGGCCACACUUGCCAGGUCAACGGCUUCGGAAGCUCUGGCACCCUUUCUGGCAGCGACACCGACUUCUUGGCCAACUUCAAGGGCAAGAAUGUCGCUUCUGCUGCUGCUUACUCGACUGUCACUGGUCUCUCGACUAGCGCUGGAUUUGGCACCAUUUAA